GUCAUGCAUUCCGGUAUUCUGGAAAAUUAUUGUGGUCAUAGAGAUCGCUCUGUGACUUUCUUCCUUUGUUGCUCGCUGUCGCGUUGUAAGCCUUCGGCCGCAAAUGUCGUCAGGUUCGAAGUACAGGGUUUGCCUUGUGGGUUCAGGAAAUUGGGGAUCGGCUAUAGCGAGGAUCGUCGGAGAGAAUGUGAAGAGAUAUGAUGAAUUCAAUGAGUUGGUGUUGAUGUGGGUAUUUGAAGAGAUGGUGGAAGGUCGUAAGUUGAGUGAAAUCAUCAACACAGAACAUGAGAAUGUCAAGUACUUGAAAGGCUACAAAAUACCAGAGAAUGUGGUUGCAGUUCCCAAUGUAGUGGAGACAGUCAAAGGGGCCACUAUCUUGGUCUUUGUCAUGCCUCAUCAGUUUGUCAAGCGAGUGUGCGAGCAGAUCCGAGAGUAUCUGGAGCCUGAUGCAUUUGCUGUCUCUCUUAUAAAGGGUUUAGACACAUCAAAGAAAGGACUUGUUCUGACUUCUUCCGUCAUCGGGGACACAUUAGGUGGUGUGGCCUGUAGUGUGUUAAUGGGAGCUAAUGUAGCAAAUGAAGUUGCUGCAAAACACUUUUGUGAAUCGACCCUCGGCUGCACUGAUGCUGAUCAAGGAGAAGUUCUCAGGAAACUGUUUCAUGUGCCAUAUUUCCGAGUUUCUGUUUGUAGGGAUGCUUGUACUGUUGAAUUAUGUGGUGCUCUAAAGAACAUAAUUGCCAUUGGAGCUGGUAUCUGUGACGGUUUAGGGUAUGGUAGCAAUACGAAAGCUGCGAUCAUUCGCAUUGGUUUAAAAGAGAUAAUGCGAGUGGCAAAGGACCUGUUCAAUGGUGGUCAUGAGAGCACGUUUUUAGAAAGUUGCGGUGUUUCUGAUCUCAUUACAACAUGUUACUCCGGUCGUAAUAGGAAAGUUGCAGAAGCUUUUGUGAAGACUGGCAAAUCAUUCUCCGAACUUGAACGAGAAAUGUUGGAUGGGCAGAAGCUACAAGGUCCUUCAGCGGCAGCAGAAUUACACAGGACAUUGAAAGAAAAGGGAAUAGCAGAAAAAUACCCUCUCUUUACUGCUAUUUAUCGAACAUGCUACGAAGGACUGUCACCACGUGAACUUCUUGAGAACAUAUAAUAAAUCAACAAUGUUUCUCAAUUAUCUUAACAAUGAAAUGAAGUAAGAAUUUUACUGCAAGUGUAG